AUGUCAUCGAUAAUUAUUGUAUAUUUUGUUUUUACUAUUGGAUUUUUUCAAUGUAUUCAUGGAAUGAUAAUUGGUGAAUGUAAACCACCAAAUGAAUGGAAAACAUGGUUAAAUGUUCGUCGUCCAACAGCAUUUGGUGAAUUUGAAGUAGUUUCACAUUAUCAAAACAUUUUUGCUGGUCAAUCUUUUGUAUGUUCGAAACCAACAGGAUUAGAAGUUAAAACAGUUGAUAAUCGUGAACCAUCACAAACAGGAGAUACAUUUCGUUUUACAUUAACUGAAGGUUUUCUUUGUCUUAAUCAAGUAAUUGUUCCAAAAAAGAAAACUUGUACUGAUUAUAAACUUAAAUUUUGUUGUCCAGCACAAUAA